AUGACCACUGAGGACUACAAGAAGCUAGCUCCAUAUAAUGUUAAGCAAAAAUCAGUGGACUUGGAUGAAGAGGAUGUGCCUUUUACUCCAGAUGAACACAAAAAGAGGACAGAGGCAGCCAACAGUGUCCUGAGGCGCAGCGCCAGCAGAGAACGCGCUUACGUCCUCUCUGCAGCCAAGAAAAGCAGUGGCAGCCCAACACAAGAAUUCCCACCCUUGUUUGCCAAGAGAAUUGAGAUAGAAGAGGAGGGACAGCAGAGGAGGAGUUCAGCUGGUUCCUGCAGGUUCACACCAGAUGACACCAGUACUAAUGGGCUAAGAAAAACCACCACGGGAUCUUCUUGGAAUGAGCCAAAGACAACAGCAGCGUCUCCCUCCAGCCCUGAAACAGGCACCAAGAGCCAAACAACUACAUCCUUGAGGGAAAGUUCAGAGAGAAUCUCCACUUCUGCUGAAAUCAGAAAUGGGGAAAAUGGACAGGCCCCUAAUGGGAAAUCCUCAUCUGAAACCGUGUCACAGCGUGGGGAUGGUGACAAACCUCUGAAGGAAAAGUCCGAGCCAUUCCCAUGGGAUGAACAGGCCCCCAGAGCAACUGUGGUUUCCACGAAUGGAAGUUAUCCUGAACACACAGAAGCCAGCAACGGAUUUUACCCACCAAAGUCCAACUCUGGUUGCAGGGACGUUGCUGCAGAUGCCACAGACAAGCAGCACCACCAGUAUGAGACCUCUCAGCACCUGGGUGAUGCAAAGUCUGAACCUGGAAGGUCAGGGCCUGCUGCUGGUUCUCACAGUGCUGCUCACAGAGGGAAGAUGUGCUCGCACUCUGAUGUCCCAAUUCCUCCUACUGAGAGCACCCCUGUGCAGCUGGAGGACACAGACUAUUCCUUCAAAAGAUCUGUCCUGGGCUACGAGGAGAGAAGCAGCAGCACCCAAGAGAGCAGAUACACGAGUCCUGAGGCCCCAGCGUACAGCAAACCAUACUGGAAGGAAGUGAUGUCUUCCCAAGAUUUCCAAGAGGGGAACACCCCUAGGGAAAGGGAGCAUGAGAGCACAAGGGCCUUGGAUGACCACAAACCAGACCUGAUCCAAGAAGGGUACUCAGGCUCAACCAACCGUACUGAGAAGGGACAAGAACCUCCUGCCCACACUGUCCACACGGAGCCUCACAGGUCAAGGGAACACACUGACCAUGAACCCAGCAUGACUAGGUCCAGCUCUCUGCCUAGAGAAAGCAGCAUCACUGCUCCAGAGGCCCCAUGUGGAAAUGAAGCUGACCCACGCCAGGAAAGGAUCACUCCAGCUUGGGAAGAACAAACCUGCACCACCACAGACAGUCACUGUGAGAGCCUGGGAGACUGGAGGCACAAUGAGCCUGACCUGGUAGCCAGCAGGUCCACCUUCAGCUCAGAGAGUGCUCUCAGUGGCAAUGAGACCCAGCAGCCUGUGCUACUGUACAUGGACCGCCAGCCCUUUAGCAGCAGCAUGUCAGCACCCAGUCACAGGAUACCAUCCUAUGUGGACAGCCAAGCCUUCAGCACCAGAAGACCUACCCCAGAAUAUGAAGGGAGAGGUUAUGAUGGGAGCAGCAGCCCGAGGAACAGCAGAUACGACAGUGCCAGUGCCAGAGGGCUCUGUGACUUCAACCCCAUGGCUGGGAGCUACGACUCCCUUCCCAGAGACACCACCAUGCCCAUUUCCCAGAGGAGCCACAGGGUGCCGUUCUACAUGGACAGCUUAAACUGUAACAGCACCAGGCUUCUGUCCAGUUCCAGUGAGAGGAUCUGCACUCCAAACACUGCCUCACCACACAGCAGCCCAGCAUUGGCCUCAGGGUACCAGCCCGACUCCAGCGCUGCCGCAAAAGGGGUCCUCUUUGUGAAGGAGUACGUGAACAGCAGCGAGUUAUCGGGCUCCUCGCGCUAUGGCAGCAGCAGCCUUGUGGAUAUGAGUGAUUUGGAGAGAGCAACCUACAGCCACCACCGCUACCUGUCCAGUGCUCCCCUGCAGAGGUCCAGUGAACCUGUCUGCAGCUACUGCAGCCGUGAGAUCCGAGACUGCCCCAAGAUCAUAAUAGAGCAUCUUAACGUCUGCUGCCACGAAUACUGCUUCAGGUGUGGAAUUUGCCACAGAGCAAUGGGAGAUCUUCUGGAUAAAAUAUUCAUCCACCGGGACAUUGUGCACUGUGACAAGUGCUACGAGAAGCUCUUCUAG